AUGGCGGGCAAUCCUGUCUCUGGCCCAGUCUCACGGGCUAAUUCUGCCAACACAGGUCGUCUGGUUGUCAAGACGAGCAGUGAAGAUACAGUCGAAGACACAGAAGGCUUUCGACCUGACUUACGUCUGAAGCUUGCGUUCGUGACAUUGGCCGUUUUGACACUCAUGGUGGCCAUGAAUGACUCUGUCCUCGCAGUCGCCCUUCCGGUUGUUGCGGAAGACUUACAUGGGACAGCAAUCGAAGCAUUCUGGGCUGGCACUGCAUUCCUCUUGACUGAAGCUACCUUCAUGGCACCGCUGGGGGCCUUAUCCUCAACAUUUGGUCGAGUGCCCAUUCUCAACUUUGCUGCAUCUUCAUUCCUCGUAGGCACAGUCGUGGCGAGUACAGCACCAAACUUUUCAGUCUUGAUCCUGGGCCGAGCCAUUCAAGGCAUUGGCGGAGGUGGUGUCCGAGUUUCCAUUGAGAUUGUUGUCGCGGACCUGAUCCCCUUGGAAAUCCGUGGCAAUUACCUGUCCAUCUUCUCAGUUCUAUGGGCUAUUGGUGAUGUUCUUGGACCAAUCGUUGGCGGUAUUUUCUCAUACAAGACGUCCUGGAGAUGGAACUUUUGGAUGAACAUACCAAUCGCAACGGUUGCCUUGGUCUCGAUCAACAUAUUCUUGCGAUUGAAGAGCGUGCCUGGCUCACUGAGGGAGAAGGUGAGACGUGCCGAUUGGGCUGGUACUGCCAUAUCAGUCUCUGCAGUCACCACACUGCUCCUAGGAAUGACCUGGGGUGGUGUUAUGUUCCCUUGGGAUUCUUGGCAGACCAUCAUCCCGAUCCUCGUCGGACUUCUCGGCCUGUUUGGAUUCGCCAUGUACGAGAAACGAUUUCCCGUCGAGCCCAUCAUCAGAAUCGAUCUACUCUGCAGCUACAACAUGCUUUACUCCCUCAUGGCGGCUUUCUUCCACACCGUUCUAGCACUCGGACUUGUUUACGUUCUGCCUCUCUAUUUCGAAGGAGUCAAAGAAAUGAACCCCAUCAUGGCCGGCAUCGCCUUGAUCCCAUAUGGUGCAACCGUGUCCCCAUUCUCCGCCGUCGGAUCCCUCAUUAUCAGCAGAACCGGCAACAUUAACUGGGUUAUCCGCGCCGGCUUCGCCUUCGCGAUUCUGGGCAGCGGACUCUUGACCUUACUUGACGUUCACACUCUAACUUACCAAUGGGUCCUCAGCCUCCUCGUCGUCGGGCUGGGCCUUGGCCUACUCUACAACUCGCUCGACCUGCUGAGCCAGGCCUCCGUCGACGAGGAAUACGUCACCCACGCCGUUACCAUGCUAAAUUUCUUCAGGCACCUCGGCCAGGCCGCGGGGGUCGCCAUUGUUGGGGUCGUCGUCCAGAACGAGAUGCGCACCAAGAUGGAUGACAUUCCUGACUUGGCACCCCACGCAGACGAGUAUUCCCGCGAUGCGGCGGCUUUGGUGGAGAAUCUUCGGGGCAUGCCUGAGGGACAGUUCAAGACGGACCUUGUUGGGGUGUAUGCGGCGUCGUUAUGGACCGUUUGGAUCAUCAUGUGCGCGUUUUGCGUGUUACCCUUUGCAGGGUCGUUCUUCUUGAGGUGUGUUAGUAUGAAGCGGAAGCACGAGACGGCGCAGGGACUGCGGAGGGGAAAGAAUCCCGUUUCUGAUACGCAGGCGAGUACUCCUUCUCCAGAGGGUAAGGCUGUAGCGCCGACACGGACGGAGGGGGUUUAA